AUGGUUGCCCAACACCCGCAACUUCAGAUUCAGACUCAACAACCUACACCUUCUCCUCAAGACGAAGCCUUGAAGAGAAACACCGAUUGUGUCUACUUUCUUGCUUCUCCCUUGACAUGCAAAAAGGGAAAUGAAUGCGAGUACCGCCAUAGUGAGUAUGCUCGAGUAAAUCCUAGAGAUUGCUAUUAUUGGUUGAAUGGUAACUGCUUGAAUCCCAAGUGUUCAUUCCGUCAUCCGCCUCUUGACGGGUUGUUAGGAACACCACCUGCAACUGCUGCUGCCGGACCAUCUGUAUCCGUGCCACAGAUUGCAACAACAUCUGCAGCGCACGCACCUUAUAAUUCUAGUAAACAAGCUGUCCCAUGCAUUUUCUUCCAAAAGGGGUUUUGCUUAAAAGGAGACAGAUGUGCCUUCAUGCAUGGACCAAAUCCUAACAAUGGCAGUAAAAUAGCUACACAGGGCUCGAUCACCAACCAAGGAGCUGAGAAUCCAAAUUUUAAGAAACCUUUUGGUGGCACUGAAAAACAUACACAGGAAAGGAAAACUUCCCAAGCAAAUGUUGGAGGUGCAGCUGAAGCUAAACCUGUCAAUGUCAAAAAAUUUGAAACUGCUCCACAGAAAAAUAUAUUUAAAUUGGAGAAGCAUGUGCCGGCAACUCUACCUUCAGGAUUUGACAAUGAGGCUUCAAGAUUUAAGGCACCUAGUUCUCCACCGCUGACCAACGGGCCUAAUGUAGCCCGGUCUAAUCGUGUGCAUCAACCUCGUCUGCCGGAUGAUCACAGUUUCCAUAGUGGUAAGGACAGUGACGAGUUUCUCAGAGAAUCAUCUCCUGGGUUUGAUGUUCUUGUAGCUGACGAACUUAGGAAUUCUGAUUACUAUCACGGGGAAGAUGAAUUUGGUAUAACAAGAGCUCAAGAUGAAAGUGGCCUAGACCCUUUGAAUGAGUAUGAUGUGGGGCAUUCUGCUGAUUAUAGUUUAGCUGCUGAUAUUGAUCGAGAUAGAUUUCGUGUGCCCCAAGCAUAUGACUCAUAUGAUCACAUGCAAGAGCCAUAUGGUUGGGAACCUAGGAAGGCAUCAACCCAUACAGAAAGGACUCGUAACAGUUCUCGCAGUCCUGACAGUGUUGAGGUCUCAGAUCUCCGACAUCGUUUAUCCAAGCGCAGGAAAGGUCUGAAAUCUGUUGUCACUCAUGACGAAGAGCAAAGUCGUCGAUUCUCUCGGAAAGAUUCGCUCCACUUAUCUUCGAAUGAGAGAUCCGUCAAUAAUCGUUUCCGAGGAAGAAUAACACUUCCACCGAAUGGUGGUGAGGGUCACUUAGAGAGGGACUUAGAGAGAGGAAGGGACUUGGACAGAGGAAGGGACCUGGACAGAGGAAGAAUCAGUAGCAGGUUAUCAUCUGGAAGGCUGCACCCUCCUCACGAGGGAAGGAUCCACGAUAGAAUGAGAGACAGGUUGCCAGAUGAUGAGAGGAGAAACUUCAGAGGUCGAUCUUUGGGAGACCGAAGUGGGUUCUCUGCACCUAAAAGUCUUGCUGAACUUAAAUAUGGGAGAAACCCUGAAAGUACAGAGCAACAAUCAUUGGGGAAGAGGAAAAGCUACCAACAAUAUGAAGAUGAUGUUCCAUUUGAAGGUCCAAAGCCUCUCAGUGAAAUUCUGAAGGAGAAGAAAGGAGUUGGAGCUGGUGUAGCCUCUUCUCAGAGCAGCAAAUCAGCCUAUAAUAAUAAGAAUGAAGGAAUAACUGAAAACGGAGCAUUGUUAGAGACCAAGGAAGAGGAAUCCAAGAAUCGGGCUGCUGAUGUUGUUGGAAGAGAGGUUGAAAACACUAAUGUAACUCAUCAGUUGCCCGAGGAUGGAAUAAUAUACGAUGAAGCUGUCGAAGAACAAGAGUACGAAGGCGAUGAUCAAGGAGAGGAAGGGGGAGACUAUGAAUAUGAGCAAGGUGACGAGGAGUAUGAUUAUGAACAAGUUGAUGAGGGGGAAAAUCAAGAGCAAGAAUAUAUGGAAGAAGAUGAAGAUGGUGAUGAUUUUGCCAAGAAGAUUGGUGUUGUUCUUUCAUAA